GCCGCCGCCGCUCCGGUAGUUGCGGGGCUUGGCCGGCGGCUGCUGGCGGGGAGAGUCCUUUCCGCAACGCGUGGGCCGGACGCCCUCGAGGGCGGACCUGCGCCCCGGUACCGCCGCUGAAGGGAGGCAGGCAGGGAGCGGGGGAGCCCCCCGCCGGGCCGCGGCGCCUCGCCGGGGAAGUUUGGUGCGGGGUGAGAUCCCACCGGCCGCGGCGGUGGCGCCGGGUAUGAACGGCUUCGCCCCCGAGGAGGUGACCCAGCGCGGCACAGAGCCCGCCGCCGCGGCGGUGGUGGGCAAUGCGGGCUCCGCCGUGGAGGUGCCGCCGCCGCCGGCGCCGCCGGGGCUGGGUCCGGCCGCCGCCGCGGGCUCGGCGGGCGGCGGGUGCGCGGGCGGCCCCGGGGCCGGGCAGCUGUGCUGCCUGCGGGAGGAGGGGGAGCGAUGCGGCCGCGCCGCCGGCAACGCCAGCUUCAGCAAGCGCAUCCAGAAGAGCAUUUCGCAGAAGAAGGUGAAGAUCGAGCUGGACAAGAGCGCAAGACAUCUGUACAUUUGUGACUUCCACAAAAAUUUAAUUCAGAGUGUGAGAAAUAGAAGAAAGAGGAAAGGCAGCGAUGAUGAUGGUGACUCACCAGUGCAAGACAUCGACACUCCAGAGGUUGAUUUAUAUCAGUUACAAGUAAACACACUUCGAAGGUACAAAAGACACUUCAAGCUACAGACGAGACCAGGACUUAACAAAGCACAGCUUGUUGAAAUAAUUGGCUGCCAUUUUAGGACAAUUCCAGUGAAUGAAAAGGACACCUUAACAUACUUCAUCUACUCGGUGAAGAAUGACAAGAACAAACCAGAUCUAAAGAUGGAUAGUGGGGUUCAUUAGGCAGAAAAGUUUGGGACUGAGACUCAGGCUGCAAAUCAAAAGACUGCAUAUUUGUUGAUAUGCAAAAGCUUUCUUUGUAACUUUUCUCCUGAGAGAGUUUGUCUGUUUUAUUUUUCAUAACCUUGCUGAUUUGUUUGAAAACCAUCUCUUAUGAAACAAAUUUCCUCAGCAAAAGUAUUUUAAAUAAAUAUUACUGAUAUUGUUGCUCAAA